GUAGGUUACCGUCAUCCAGCAGACGUUGUUGUUCUCUUACCACCACCAUCUCCACGUAGCCAAUCUUUUGUAGCCCACUAUGAGAGUUCGCUUUCCGUCCAUGAAGACUUCUGCUUGGUUGUCCCUGCUCGCUGCCAGCACGGCUAGCGUUCCCGGUGUUGUAGGAUGGGGUGUUGUAGGCCAUGAAAUUGUAGCGACUAUCGCCCAAAUCCAUCUCCAUCCAGCCGUCCUUCCCAGUAUCUGUCGCAUACUUAAUUUUACGUCAACCAACCCUAACGAGCCCGAAUGCCAUCUCGCUCCCAUUGCUGGUUGGGCUGACCGGAUUCGCUUUCAGAAACGCUGGUCCGCCUCCUUGCAUUAUAUCGGUGCUCUUGGGGAUCAUCCUUCUGACUCUUGCGUCUUUCCGGGUGACCGGGGUUGGGCCGGUAAGAAGGACAUAAACGUACUUGGAGGUGUCAGGAACACCACAGACUUGGUGGAAGAAUGGGUCCAGAACGAAAAGGAUGGAUUUGGUGGAGAUGAUGAUCUUGCUAACGAGGCGCUCAAGUUCUUGGUGCACUUCGUUGGUGACAUGCACAUGCCUUUACAUUUGACGGGUAGAGACCGUGGCGGUAACUCGGUCAAAGUUACAUUCGAUGGCCGUCAGACCAACCUUCAUUCGCUUUGGGACACUCUCCUCAUCUCUAAAUCGUUACGCACGAUUCCCCACAACUAUACGAGACCCCUUCCCUCGCGAACUAUUGAACACAACCUCAGAGGAACCAUUUAUGACUCUUACAUCCGUCGUAUUAUGUGGGAAGGUAUCCUGGGGAAAUGGGAGGAUGAGGUCUCCAGCUGGUUGACAUGUCCCACAUCGAAGAGUUCCUCUUCCUCUAUCCCGUCUUCCUCCUCGGGCCUUGUCUCUUCUGCUUGGCAGCAAGCCAUUUCUCUCUGGAGUUGGAUGAGAGGUUCCAAUUGGAACGCAGAUGAUACUGAUGACGACAUUUUAUGUCCUUACUAUUGGGCUACUCCAAUUCACUCGCUGAACUGCGAGAUCAUAUGGCCAGCCGCGCUCGACAAACCUCCUUACAGCCGUACCAAGUCUGACCGGCUCAUUACAGGGCAUAAACAUGGCGCCUCUGCUGGAGAAGAGCUUGCCAUGUUCGAUGAGCUAGUUUCAGGGGGUUCUGGUGGCCCAUAUUUGGAGCUCGAUACUCCCGAGUACGCCGGUGCCAUCUAUGACCAGUGGAUCAUUGAGAAGCUGCUUGCGCAAGGCGGGAUUAGGCUCGCAGGAAUUUUGAACUACCUCUUCGCACCUUUGGAAGGAAGUGAAGCUGGUUUGAGCCUCAUGCAUGAUUAUUAGAGGCAUCGGGCAAGUAUUUUCAUAGUAAUUUCUGACUCUUGUCAAACCUGAAAGUUAUAAGUUGUAACGUGUUUUUAUGUACAGAUACUUUUGGACGCUUCUCUGAUGUCACAAUUAAAACGCCUUCUGUCUGGCCUGAGGGCCUAAAAUCUCUUGCUAAAAGAAGUUUUUGUUGGUCCCCACUGAGUCUCAGAAAGGUAAUCUAAUUCGACGAAGCUAUAUCAAGACUUAUGUUCUUGCCUGUGGACGAGUUUGCCUCGUUGAUACUUGGGUCUUUACUCAUUCUUUUGUUUGUACUCUUCCGGUAUAAAGUCUCGAGUCUACCUCCAGGGUCCUCCGGAGGUCUAUUCGGCUGUAAAGUGCCCCAGUUUCAGCCUUGGAAAACAUUCUAUGAGUGGAAUAAGCAGUAUG